UCGUUUAACCUCGAAGAAAACAACUAUUUGAAGAUGUCUGGACGUGGUAAGGGCGCCGGUAAAGCCAGAGCAAAGGCCAAGAGCCGCUCCUCUCGUGCCGGGCUCCAGUUCCCGGUCGGUCGUGUCCACAGGCUGCUGAGAAAGGGAAACUACGCUCAGCGUGUCGGUGCCGGAGCUCCGGUCUACCUGGCGGCCGUGCUGGAGUACCUGACCGCUGAGAUCCUGGAGCUGGCUGGAAACGCUGCCCGCGACAACAAGAAGACCCGCAUCAUCCCCCGUCACCUGCAGCUGGCUGUCCGCAACGACGAGGAGCUCAACAAGCUGCUGGGCGGAGUCACCAUCGCUCAGGGCGGCGUGCUGCCCAACAUCCAGGCGGUCCUGCUGCCCAAGAAGACCGAGAAGGCCGCCAAGAAGUAAACAUGGACCCUCUCUGACCCUUUAAAACAACACAAAGGCUCUUUUAAGAGCCAA